AUGUUUUUAUCAUAUUACAUUUUGUUCCUAAUACGAAUCAUUUUCUGUUUUGCACAGUUCCUGGAUGACCCUCAACAACCCAUAGAACAAUACAAACCAGCAAAUGCCACCUUCUACACCCUUUGCAGAAAUAGCGAUCUUUACGAUAUUCUAGAAACAAUUAAUAACUACAACAACCGAUUCAACAGUGAAUAUCGCUAUGACUGGGUGUUUUUGAACGAUCAACAGUUUACAGACGAAUUCAAAAAGCUGGUCAAGGUGAGUGUUGCGGGACAUGCUUAUUUUGGACAGAUUCCAAGUCAGCAUUGGUCCUUACCCAAUUCCGUGGAUCAUGACACCAUGAAGGAAAAUAUGCAAAAGAUGAUCAAUGAUCCAGACGGUGCUCCUCCGUAUGCAGAUUCCAUGUCCUAUCGUCAUAUGUGCCGAUUCGAGUCUGGCUUUUUCUUCAAGCACGAACUCCUCCAGAAAUACGACUAUUUCUGGCGUGUUGAACCUGGUGUCAAACUUCGAUGUGAUGUCAACUACGAUUUGUUCAAGUACAUGAUCGACAACAAGUACGACCAUGGCUUCACAAUCAGCAUGCUUGAAUAUUCAAAGACGAUUCCCUCCCUCUUUGAAACUUUCCGGAAAUCGCUUGUCAGCCUAGGCCUGAGCAAACUGCUUUCUGAUUCAAGAAACUACUCUGGAUUCGUCAUAGACCCUAAAAACGGACAAUACAACCAUUGUCAUUUCUGGACAAACUUCGAGAUUGGAAAUUUGAACGUUUUUCGAUCAAAAGAGUACAACCAGAUAUUCAACGAGUUGGACAAGUCUAACGGAUUUUAUUAUGAAAGAUGGGGGGAUGCUCCGGUGCGAUCUCUUAUUCUUUCCAUGAUAUUAGUUAAGGGUAAGAUCAAAAGGUUUGAUGAGAUAGGUUAUACUCAUCCUCCUUACACCCAGUGUCCUCAAGAAGAAGGUUUUAGAGUCUCAAACCGUUGCUCGUGCAACCCAGACACCGACUUCACUAGCAAAUGGUUCAGCUGCUCAGGGCAUUUCGAUGGCCUUGAACAACAGCAUUAG